UACUAUAUCUACACACACACAUAAAUGCCUUUUUUUUUGACGGACAAACAAAAAUACUUUGAAACUCUUGAAAAUAUAGUAUCUAGAAGCGCCUUCUCUCUCUCUUUCUCAUCACCAUCCCAUGGAAUUGAACCAGUCUCCUUCAAAUCUUUCUUCCUCUAUGUAAAAUUCAAAUCUUUUUUCACAUUCACACGCAGAAAAUUCUCUUCCAUAUAUGCCUGCAUUUCUGCGUGUGAAUCAACAAUGCCGAGCGUCACAGUGAAAUUAUACAGCGUCCUAUUCAAAUUCUUCCUCAAACGCAAGCUGCUGACCUUGAUCGACGCCGCCGCCGGGGACCCAUAUGGUAUCGUAUUGCGGCCGGAUGAGGCCGUGGCUGCCGCCAACCCCAGUUUCUCUGAAGAUGGCGUCGCCACCAAAGACCUCCACAUCGACCCCUUAACCCCCCUCUCGCUGCGGAUUUUCCUCCCGGACUCCGCUAUCGUUUCCCCUAAAUCGGUUCCCGAUCUCAGGGUUAGGGUUCAGCCGAGCAGGAUAUUGAAGAAGGCGCCGGACGGCGCGGUCGUUUACGGCGGGUAUCUGCCGGAGAACAGCGGGCGGAAUUGCCGGAAGCUUCCGGUUAUUCUGCAAUUCCACGGCGGGGGUUGGGUUAGCGGGGGGAGCGACACGGUGGCGAAUGAUGUGUUCUGCAGGAGGCUGGCGAGAUCGUGCGACGCCGUGGUGGUGGCGGUGGGGUAUAGGUUGGCGCCGGAGAGUAGGUACCCGGCGGCGUUCGAGGACGGCGUGAAGGUAUUGAAUUGGCUGGCGAAGCAGGCGAAUUUGGCGGAGUGGGGGCGGUCGUUGGGGAACAGGAGGGGCGGAGGCGGAGGAGAUGGAAGGAGGAUGCAGAUUGCUGAUGGAUUUGGGGCGUCCAUGGCUGAGCCAUGGUUGGCUGCUCAUGCAGAUUUGUCUAGGUGUGUUGUUCUUGGAGUGAGCUGCGGUGCAAACAUUGCCAACUACGUUGCGCAAUAUUCAGUGAAGGCGGGGAAGCUUUUGGACCCGGUAAGAGUGGUGGCUCAAGUUCUGAUGUACCCUUUCUUCAUCGGAAGCAAUCCCACACCUUCGGAGAUCAGACUGUCUUCUCAUUCGUACCUCUACGACAAAUCCAUGGCGUUGCUCGCUUGGAAACUAUUUCUACCAGAAGCCGAGUUUAGUCUGGACCAUCCAGCAGCCAACCCUCUCAACCCUGCGAGGGAAGUAGCCCUCAAGUACGUGCCACCAACUCUUACUAUCACUGCAGAACAUGACUGGAUGCGCGACCGUGCCAUUUCAUAUGCAGAGGAGCUUCGGAAGGUGAAGAUAGACGCUCCUGUUCUCGACUACAAGGACGCGAUCCACGAGUUUGCGACGCUUGAUGCGCUGCUCAAGACUCCACAAGCUCAGGCUUGCUGCGAAGACAUUGCUAUAUGGAUGAAAAAAUAUAUAUCUCUGAGAGGCAACGAGCUAUCUUACUAGCAACAUUGCAGGCCACACCAUUCCAAGUGAUUUUCUGCUGCUGAUUGUAUGAUUGGCUGAGAGCUCUGAGAAGCUGCUAUUCGUUUUUGUAAAGAUUGGAGUAGUAAGGUUUUGGGGGGUUUUUUUUUUUUUCCUUGUAAUAUAAUCUUUCCUGUAAAAUAGUUUUCCCAGUGUACAUCUUAGUUUUGGACAAAUAAUUCUUCUAAGAAAUUAUUUUAUUAUUC